AUGUAACAGGUCAUGUGGCACCUGCCUAGGGACACGCGUGGGGUCUGGAGCGGGACAUGCAUGUGCAGCUGUACCCUGCGUGUGGCUCAGAGGGCAGUGGGCGAAAGAGACCUGGACGCGAGUGGGGUGGGGCAUGUGAGGGUCUGGGAAACAGUACCUAGGGUUCCAAACACCCUUCCACUUGUCAGGGGCGGAUCUCAGGUUGGCGGGAGAGCGCAGUGGGGACCCGGCGACGAGCAGGGGUAGGCCCCAGGGCUCAGGGCCCCGGGGAAAGGGGGUUGGUGGUGGUGGUGUGCGGAUUAGCGUCGCUGGAGCGGCGUAGGGGGGAGGGGGAGGGACUGAGAGGCGGGCGGGCCCGGAGCUAGCGGGAGCCGCGCUGCCUUCACCGCUGAGCUGGGCCCAACCUCUCUCCCUUGCCUCUCCUCGGCCCCAGCUCUUGGCGAGUAGCGGCCUGUCUGAAGAGCAUGCUGCCCCUUCAAUUCCCGCCUGGCCUUGCCAUCCCUGCUCCCCCAGCCUGACCCCCGGCCCCAGCAUGGCCCAGGGUGCCAUGCGCUUCUGCUCGGAAGGCGACUGUGCCAUCUCCCCUCCACGAUGCCCACGCCGCUGGCUACCCGAGGGCCCUGUGCCCCAGAGUCCCCCAGCCAGCAUGUAUGGCAGCACAGGCUCCCUGCUACGUCGUGUGGCAGGUCCAGGUCCCCGGGGCCGGGAACUGGGCCGUGUGACGGCACCUUGUACGCCCCUGCGUGGACCUCCCUCACCCCGUGCUGCUCCCUCACCUUGGGCACCCUCUUCACCCACCGGGCAGCUCCCACAUGGGGCCCAAAGCUCUGUGGUCAUCUUCCGACUUGUGGAGAAGGCCAGCGUGAGGCCACUGAAUGGGUUACCUGCUCCUGGAGGCUUGAGUCGGAGCUGGGACCUGGGUGAGGUCUCUCCUCCAAGACCCACCCCAGCCCUUAGACCUGGCUCCAACCGGAAGUUGCGGCUGGAGGCAUCUGCAUCAGACCCACUUCCAGCUGGAGGAGACUCUGCCCUGCCUGGCAGCCGAGGCCCCUUAAUCGGGCCCCCCACCCCACCCCAGGUUGGGGCAGAUGGCCUUUACUCCUCUCUCCCCAAUGGGCUGGGGGGUCCCCCUGAGCACCUGGCCACACUAUUCCAAGGACCUGCCCACACAGGAUUCCUGAAUCAGGGAGACACCUGGUCAUCCCCCCGGGAGGUCUCCUCUCAUGCCCAGAGAAUCGCUCGAGCCAAAUGGGAAUUCUUCUAUGGCUCCUUGGACCCCCACAGCUCAGGUGCUAAGCCCCCAGAGCAGGCCCCUCCAUCUCCACCCAGGGCAGGCUUAUGGCAGGGCUCUGGGGUGGCUGUGGGGCGAGCAGCCAAGUACUCCGAGACGGACCUGGACACGGUGCCUCUGAGGUGCUACCGCGAGACGGACAUCGAUGAGGUGCUGGCUGAGCGGGAAGAAGCUGAUUCAGCUAUUGAGAGUCAGCCCAGCUCAGAAGGCCUGCCUGGCACUGCCCACCGUCCUGCCUCACAUCCUGGCCCAUGCCCUGGCCCUUGUCCCAGCAGUGGCAGUGAGGAGGAUGCAGGCAGGGAAGAGGAUGUGGAAGAUGAGGUGUUUGAAGCCUCAGAAGGGGCCCGGCCAGGGGUCCAAAUGCCUCAUCCUGGGCCACUCAAAUCUCCAGUGCCCUUCCUACCUGGGACCAGCCCCUCCGCUGAUGGGCCUGACUCUUUCAGUUGUGUGUUCGAAGCCAUCCUGGAAUCACACCGGGCCAAGGGUACCUCCUACACCAGCCUCGCCUCACUGGAAGCCCUGGCCUCACCUGGCCCAACCCAAAGCCCCUUCUUCACCUUUGAGCUGCCUCCCCAGCUCCCUGCCCCUCGGCCUGACCCACCUGCUCCUGCCCCACUUGCCCCUCUUGAGCCAGAUUCCGGUACCAGCUCUGCAGCUGAUGGGCCUUGGACACAGAGAGGGGAGGAGGCAGAGACCGGAGCCAAGGUGACCCCAGGGAGGGAGCCCUGUAGUCCCUGCCGUUCAGAGGACAGCUUUGGGCUGGGGGCAGCACCCCUGGGAAGUGAACCACCCCUGAGCCAGCUGGUGUCUGACUCGGACUCAGAGCUGGACAGCACGGAGCGGCUGGCAUUGGGAAGUACAGACACCUUGUCCAAUGGGCAGAAAGCAGACCUGGAGGCUGCACAGCGAUUAGCCAAGAGGCUGUACCGACUUGACGGCUUCAGGAAGGCCGAUGUGGCCCGGCACCUGGGCAAGAACAAUGAUUUCAGCAAACUGGUGGCUGGCGAGUACCUCAAGUUCUUUGUCUUCACAGGCAUGACUCUGGACCAAGCCCUCAGGGUGUUUCUGAAGGAGCUGGCUUUAAUGGGUGAAACCCAGGAACGGGAGCGUGUGCUGGCUCACUUCUCCCAGCGAUAUUUCCAGUGCAAUCCCAGCGCCUUGUCCUCAGAGGACGGUGCUCACACGUUGACCUGUGCCCUCAUGCUUCUUAACACCGAUCUCCACGGCCAUAACAUCGGGAAACGCAUGACCUGUGCGGACUUCAUUGGGAAUCUGGAAGGCCUCAACGAUGGUGGCGACUUCCCCAGGGAGCUGCUCAAGGCCUUAUACAGUUCCAUCAAGAAUGAGAAGUUGCAGUGGGCCAUAGACGAGGAGGAGCUGAGGCGCUCCCUGUCGGAGUUGGCCGACCCCAACCCCAAAGUCAUCAAGAGGGUCAGCGGGGGCAGCGGCAGCGGCUCCAGCCCUUUCCUGGACCUGACUCCAGAGCCCGGGGCCGCCGUCUACAAGCACGGGGCCCUGGUGCGGAAGGUGCACGCAGACCCUGACUGCAGGAAGACACCUCGGGGCAAGAGAGGCUGGAAGAGCUUCCACGGGAUCCUCAAGGGCAUGAUCCUCUACCUGCAGAAGGAGGAAUACCAACCCGGGAAGGCCCUGUCGGAGGCAGAGCUCAAAAAUGCCAUCAGCAUCCAUCAUGCCUUGGCCACCCGUGCCAGCGACUACAGCAAGCGGCCCCAUGUCUUCUACCUGCGUACAGCUGACUGGCGGGUCUUUCUCUUCCAGGCCCCGAGCCUGGAGCAGAUGCAGUCCUGGAUCACGCGCAUCAAUGUGGUGGCAGCCAUGUUCUCUGCACCCCCCUUCCCAGCUGCUGUUAGCUCCCAGAAGAAGUUCAGCCGCCCUCUGCUUCCCAGCGCUGCCACCCGCCUCUCCCAGGAGGAGCAAGUGCGGACCCACGAAGCCAAAUUGAAGGCAAUGGCUAGCGAGUUGCGGGAGCAUCGGGCUGCUCAUCUGGGUAAAAAGGUUCGGGGCAAGGAGGCAGAAGAGCAGCAGCAGAAGGAAGCCUACCUGGAGUUUGAGAAAUCCCGCUAUGGCACAUAUGCGGCACUACUCCGGGUCAAGCUGAAGGCAGGCAGCGAGGAGCUGGACUCGGUAGAGGCAGCACUGGUCCAGGCUGGGAGUGUGGAGGACGGAAUCCCCCAUCACUCCAGCCCUUCCAGCCAGCCUCGGGCCCAUCGCCAGGGCUCAGAGCGUCAGCCUCGGGCAGGGACAGGCAGUGGACGGCGGAAGCCCUGAGUUGGGGGUUAGAGUGGGGGGGGGGUUUGGUGCCUACUGGGCACCUGCAUGACGUGGCCCUGCCUGAGCCCGGGCAGGCCUCGGGCCACCCAUGAGGGUCUCCGGCCCAGGGCCCUACCGCGCCGGACGCGGUGUCCGGGGGCAGGGCAGGGCUGGCAUGGGUCUCGGGAGCCUGGGCUAAGGAGCCCUCCGAGACCCCCAUUUUGUGAUAAUGUUUUGCACUUUUUCGUACAGGGUGGGUGGGGGUGGGAGGAGCCAGGGCCCAGGGCACCUGGACUUUUGGAGCUUUUUUUUUUUGAGGGGGAGGGAGGCCUGACAUUUCUGCUUUCUGCCAAGACCACCCCACUCUGACACCAGCAAUCCCCCCUCUGUCCUGGGAUCUGGUUCAGAGAGAGGCCAGGAGUUGGGGCUGAGCUGGUUUUCUUUCCUUCCUCCCCAAGGGCUCACUCUCUCUUCCCAGAGGUGAAAGAAGGGUGUCCAGGCCCAGGUCACUGGUCUGUGAGGCCCCAGGCCUGUAAGGCUCCUAUGUGCAGGCCAGCAGCACUGCCUGGCUUGCCCUCUUGCAGUGGGCCCUGCCCUUUGUACAGCCUCUACCCCCAUUAAAUCUGCUCUGGACUUGC